CAAGUGGACUUCUCAGUGUACACAAAAGCUACUCUCUGACUUUAAGGAAGAGAGAGAAACACCGGGAAAUCUAGAGAGAGAAGGGUAAGAAAUGCAAAACACAGCUGGCGGUGGAGUUGGUGGUAACGAACUGAGUCGAGCGAGUGGACUCGCACGAUUCCGAUCAGCUCCGGCAACCUGGUUAGACGCGCUUCUUGAAGAUGAUGACUCGCUCAAACUCUCUGGCCCACAACACCACCAUCACCACCACCAAGGUGGGCUUACCCAGCUACUCACUUCGGGUACCACAACCUCAACUGGUCCGACCGACCCAACCCCACCAACACGACCCACUCCUUCUUACAUCUCUGCUGAUCCGGGUUACUUUGAAAGUAGUGGGUCCCAGCAACCGAGUAGUAACAGUACCAAUACGGUGGCGUUUCAGAGAAUGAAUAGUUCACCGGCAGAGUUUUUAAGUGGGAAUAUUGAUGGGUAUUUCGCAAGUUUUGGGAUUCCUUCAAAUUAUGAUUAUGUAGGAGGAUCUUCAUCUUCAAUUGAUGUUCUUUCACCUUCUGGAAAAAGGUUGAGAGAAAAUGAUGCUGACCAAACUCAAAGGAGAGGGGAACAAAGUGGGCAAUUGAGUACUGCAAGUAGCUUGGUGGAGCUGGAAAUGGAGAAGCUGUUAGAAGAUUCAGUGCCGUGUAGGGUUCGAGCUAAGCGAGGUUGUGCUACUCAUCCUCGGAGUAUUGCUGAGAGGGUUCGGAGGACGAGGAUUAGUGAUCGGAUAAGAAAACUUCAAGAACUCGUGCCUAACAUGGACAAGCAAACAAAUACCGCAGACAUGUUAGAAGAGGCUGUGGAAUAUGUGAAGAAUCUGCAAAAGCAGAUACAGGAACUUACGGAGCAGCAGAAGAAUUGCAAAUGCAUGGCGAAGAGCUGACUCUACAAGAAAAUAAUGGCCCAGCAUUGUUUUUGUUAGUGUAAUAUCUCUCACCAUAGCUUUAUUUAUUUAUUAGUGCCUCAAAUUAGCAUGAAACUGGGUCCUAAUGCACAUAAUUUUCCACUUGCUGGAAAACCGAGCAGUGUAUUGAGUGUCAAGUUUUCAUAGCGAAGCCCCCACAAUGUUUGGUGGCAGCCCGUGUCGUAACACUUUACUUGGUGAGAUUGUACUUGUAUUAUGAUGUAUACUAAGAUUUAGUUUAGUAAUAUAGGGACUUUCUUAGGUUCAUUGUAAGGUUUUUGUUGUUGUAAUGUUGCUCUGCACAUAUGUAGAAGCCACCCAAAAUGGGAUUAGAUAGAAAUAUUGUACCACUGUAAUGACUUGGUUAUUAUGUACCUGAAGAUAAUCUAAUAAUCUUUUGGUCUCAUCAAGGCCAAUGUAAGUUACCAUACUAUAUAAUAAUUUAUUAUUGAGAAAUUUGCAUUUGUC